AUCUCCCUUAUGCUUUGCAUCUUGGUCUCAUCCACCAUUGCUAAUGUCACUUAUGAUGGCAAGUCACUCUUUAUCAAUGGAAGACGCGAGAUCCUCUUCUCCGGUUCCAUCCAUUACACCCGAAGCACCCCUGACAUGUGGCCAGUUCUUCUUGAUAAGGCAAGACAUGGAGGUUUGAAUGUCAUUCAAACUUACGUGUUUUGGAACGCUCACGAGCCAGAGAAAGGCAAGUUCAACUUCGAAGGCAAUUAUGAUCUCGUCAAGUUCAUUAAGCUCAUUCAAUCCAAAAGAAUGUUUGUCACCCUCAGGGUUGGCCCUUUCAUCCAAGCAGAGUGGAAUCAUGGAGGACUUCCCUAUUGGCUUAGAGAGAUUCCUGACAUCAUUUUCCGCUCUGACAAUGAACCCUAUAAGCAACACAUGCAAGCCUUCGUGUCAAAGAUUAUACAAAUGAUGAAAGAUGAGAAGCUCUUUGCUCCCCAAGGAGGCCCCAUCAUCUUGGCUCAGAUCGAGAACGAGUACAACCAUAUCCAACUUGCUUAUGAGGAGAAGGGAGACAGUUAUGUCCAGUGGGCUGCAAAUAUGGCAGUGGCAACGCAAGUUGGUGUUCCAUGGAUCAUGUGCAAGCAGAAGGAUGCCCCUGAUCCAGUGAUCAAUGCAUGCAAUGGAAGACACUGUGGUGAUACCUUCUCAGGCCCUAACAAACCAUACAAACCAAUUAUUUGGACUGAGAACUGGACUGCUCAGUACAGAGUAUUUGGUGAUCCACCAUCCCAGAGAUCUGCAGAAGAUAUUGCCUUCUCAGUUGCUCGCUUCUUCUCCAAGAGUGGAAAUUUGGUCAACUACUACAUGUACCAUGGUGGAACAAACUUUGGUAGAACAAGCGCUGCUUUCACCACUACCCGUUAUUACGACGAGGCACCUCUUGAUGAAUACGGUCUGAAGAGAGAACCAAAAUGGAGUCACCUGAGGGACGUACACAAGGCUUUGCUCCUAUGCAGAAAGGCUAUACUUGCUGGCACUUCCACAGUCCAAAAGUUGAACGAAUUUCAUGAGAUUAGAGUGUACGAGAAGAUUGGAACUAAUGUCUGUGCUGCUUUUCUCACUAACAACCAUUCAAUCGAGGCAGCCACCAUUAACUUCAGAGGGACAGAUUAUUUCCUCCCACCACAUUCCAUCAGCGUCCUCCCUGAUUGCAAGACUGUGGUCUACAACACCCAAAGUAUUGUGUCACAACAUAAUGCAAGGAACUACGAGAGAUCAGCGGUUGCAAACAAUCAUCAGUGGGAGGUGUUUCAAGAGCCCAUUCCAACUACCAAGAAACUGCCAAUAAACCAGAAAAUCCCUGCAGAGCUUUACAGCUUGCUCAAGGACACCACCGAUUAUGCUUGGUACACCACAAGCUUCGAGUUGACUCAAGAAGACAUGCCAACUAAGGUUGGGGCACUCCCAAUUCUUCGUGUUAUGAGCCUUGGACAUUCAUUGAUUGCAUAUGUAAAUGGAGACUACGUCGGAACUGCUCAUGGCACCCAAGAAGAAAAAUCUUUUGAAUUCCAACAAGCUGUCAACUUGAGGGUUGGAAUCAACUAUGUAUCCAUUUUGGCUAGCAUUGUUGGACUACCAGACAGUGGAGCUUACAUGGAACACAGGUUCGCAGGACCCAAGUCCGCAUCCAUCCUUGCUCUCAACAGCGGAACACUUGAUCUCACUGGCAACACCUGGAGUCAUAAGGUUGGUAUCAAGGGUGAGGAUAUGAGAGUCUUCGCUGAAGAUGGAUCAACGAGGGCAAAAUGGAAGCCAUUGGGUGGACCUGUACGCGCUCUCUCUUGGUACAAGACAAGAUUUGCCACCCCUGAGGGAACGGGCCCUGUUGCCAUCAGAAUGACUGGUAUGGGGAAGGGAAUGAUUUGGGUCAACGGUAAAAACAUUGGUCGUCACUGGCUGAGCUUUACCUCUCCUUUAGGAAAACCCACUCAAUCAGACUACCACAUCCCAAGAUCAUUCCUCAACCCACAAGACAACUUGCUAGUUAUAUUGGAAGAGGAGAAGACAACUCCAGAAAAGAUUGAGAUCUUGAAUAUCAACAGGGAUACAAUCUGCAGUCACGUUGCAGAGAACGAACCUCCCAAUGUGAAUUCAUGGGUGUCUAGGGACGGAAAGUUCAAACCUGUUGUGGAUGUUAUUGGACCACAAGCUUCUCUCGAGUGUGAAGAUGGCAAAAAGAUUGUGGCUGUGGACUUUGCUAGCUUUGGUAACCCCACAGGUUAUUGUGGAUUCUUCAAUAUGGGCAACUGCACUGCUGCGGCCACCAAGAGCGUUGUUGAGCAGCAAUGCUUGGGGAAAGAUUCUUGCUCUGUUUCAAUCAACCGUGCAAUCUUCAACCAAAAUGAGAUUGAUGCUUGCCCUGCUUUGGUUAAGACACUUGCUGUCCAAGUGAGGUGUGCCUAA